AUGAGCCUUAAAGAAUGUCUUUUUGCUCGAUAUACAUCAGCUCAUGUUAAAGGAAUUGAUGAGGAUGAAGAUGAAGAUAUGAUUGUAGUUGAUGAACGUGAAACAACAUUUACAAAUUUUAGUAAAUUAGAUACGUUAAUCGAUGCAAGUUUUCUUGUUUUCGUGAUAAAACCAUAUAAAUCACUUGAACAUUUACCAUCAACUAUUGAUCAAAGUGAUGAAUUUCAAAUGCUUCCAACAAUGAUUCGAUCCAGUCGUUCAUGUUCAAAUUUAACAUCAGAAACAACAAUUCGUUUCGAUACAAAUUAUGCAUUUACAUUAGAUGAAACAAAACAUCAAAUUGAAACUCGGAAAACAAUUCGAUCGGAACCAACAACACGAAGUCCGAUGCCCACUGAUAAAACACCAGAGAUUCCUUCAGAACCAGCGAAAAUUGCAGAAGUUAAGGAAAAUUUCGAAGUAACUAUCGAUAAAAAAUCUGCAGAAGCAUCUGAAGAUUUUAAAUAUUUUCGUAAAACAAAUCGUUCAACAGUUUAUGGACAAGCUGUUGCUACUGGUCCUCCAUAUACAGGGGUUGUCAUAAUUAUAGACCCCCCUCAUAUGUACAUAGAAAAAUGUUUAUUUUAUUACAAUAAGGAAUGAUAUUGAUCUGCUAGGUGCGCAUCUACGUGAGACUAAUUACGA